GUGCGGCGCGUGACGGCGCCGCCGGGCCGGGCUCACUUUCGCGGAUGUGGGGGCUGUGGAAUUGGAAGCUGCCCCUGGAACCGAGACAGGCCUGAAUUUUCGAUCUGCUUCGGGAGUUGGCAACUUCGGGGACACCCCUGCGGCUCGUUAGGUGGCACGACUGUUGACGUUUUUCCCGGCGGCGGGUCCUGGCACAGAACUCGGAGUGUGUGCAGCAGGCCGGACGCCAAGCUCGCGUCCCGUCGGAGUGGGCAGCGCGGGGUUCCCGGCCCCACUUCGCGGCCGGAGGGGCCGGUGGGAGUCGGUGGUCGAACUCGGGCUUCCGGCUGUGCGACCUGUAAGGUUGGAGUUCGGGUCGGCGAAUGUUUUCUAGAACGUCCGUCCGCCCAGGGGAAGGCAGCGCGCUAUGUUGUGUGCGGACCGGGAACGUAGUAACUCCCAAUAAAAUUGUGAAUGAGACACCAGAUCCGUGUUUCUCGGAAUACGGAUCUGUUUUGUAGUCACACAAAAGUAAACUGCCAUCCACCUCGAGAUGGGAUGGCCGAGGUGUUCUCAGCCGGAGUUGGCAGACGUUUAUCUUGACUUUAAAAAAACCCCAACAAAACCCGACCAGGAACGGCGUGCAAUCCACUUAGCUGAUCCGAAUGAAUGAACUUUCAGUGGAAUACUUAGUGCUCCGGAGACUCAGCGCUGUUGAAAAACACGAGUGGCAUUGUUUACCAAGUUUCACAGACAAAACGUGGAAAGGGCAUCACACUUGGAGACCAUGUUUGGGGAGCAGACCGUCAAGUAGUAGAGAAGAGAGAAGAGAAGACGGAAUCCCUCAGAAGGCCUGGGAGACAGACCGCCCCGAGAGUCCGGGCCCCUGAAGCUGUCCUGCGCCGUCCGGAAAUUCUCCCGCAGAUAUGAAUCUGUGGGAGUUUGGAUUUUCUUCUUACACUUUAGCGGAAACAACAUACGGUGACAGAUUGAAGGCAGAUGGAAACGUGAGAGCCCCACUGUCUCAAGUCAGAAAAGUGAUUUACAAUUGUGAGAAACAGCACCGCUUCCCUCGCUGAAUUUUUAUUGUUUGGUGCCCGUAUGUUGAGCCUGAAACUCUCUCAGCCCAGCCUCUGUUUUGGAGCGUGGCCUGCUGUCUCCAGCGCUGCACGUCGUCCACGUGAUGGUUUCCAUAGCUUACGUUCUUUGAAGAGAGUGUUUACCUGGUUUUUUGGAUGCUUCCAUAUUUGAAAGCGUGUAGAGAUUGUUGAGGAAUCGCGCCGCCUCAUUCUCCUGCUGGCCGGACUCAGCGUCAUCUUCACCAAUGUGCUGUGGCCGAGUUGAGGCCUCGGGCAGGGUGCGGCGGGGGAGUGCAGGUCUUACGGAUCUGGAUCCGGAUCCACGCAGAGGCUGAGUGUGGGCCUCGUGGGGCAGCGGUGGCGGAGAAGGCAGGAGCACGGAGUCCUGUUCACAGCCAGGUGCCGCCGGAAACGAGGAAGAAAAUGGCUCCAAAGGGUAUACGAAGCUGGAAAAAUACAUAGAUGCAGCCUUGUGGCCUCUCCAGAUGCUCGAGGACAAGAUUCCGGAGAGAAGUUGAUCCCCUCGGAUUAGGUAACUAGUCAUAAUGAAGAAAAUUAGUCUUAAAACCUUCCGAAAGUCUUUCAACUUGAAUAAAAGUAAAGAAGAAGCGGAUUUCAUGGUCGUGCAGCAGCCGUCGCUCGCCAGUGAUUUUGGGAAAGAGGAUUCCUUGUUUGGUAGCUGCUACGGUAAAGAUCUGGCGAGCUGCGAUCUCAACAGUGAAGAUGAAAAAGGGGGGAAAAGUCGCUCCAAAAGCGAAAGCCUGAUGGGGACGUUGAAACGACGGCUGUCCGCCAAACAGAAGCAGAAAGGCAAGGGCGGCGGGCCCGCGGGCAGCUCAGCCGACGAGGACACCUUCUCCUCCUCCUCGGCGCCCCUGGUCUUCAAGGACGUCAGGGCCCAGAGGCCCAUCAGGUCCACUUCGCUCCGCAGCCAUCACUACAGCCCUACGCCGUGGCCGCUGCGGCCCACGAACUCGGAGGAGACGUGCAUCAAGAUGGAGGUCAGGGUCAAGGCCCUGGUCCACUCUUCCAGCCCGAGCCCAGCACUGAAUGGCGUGCGGAAAGACUUCCACGAGCUCCAGUCUGAGACCGUGUGCCAGGAACAGAGCAGCUCCCUCAAGAGCUCGGAACCUCAGAAUGGGGACCUGCACCUUCACCUUGACGACCAUGUGCCUGUAGUCAUCGGACUCAUGCCUCAGGACUACAUUCAGUAUACUGUGCCUUUAGACGAGGGGAUGUUCCCCCUGGAAGGGCCACGUGCCUACUGCCUGGACAGCUCGUCCCCCAUGGAGGUGUCUGCGGUCCCUCCGCAGGCGGCGGGGAGCCCCUUCGCCGAGGACGAGAAUCAGGUAGACCAGGACCUGGUGGUGGCGCCGGAGAUCUUCGUGGACCAGGCGGUGAACGGCGUGUUGAUUGGCACCACGGGAGUCAUGUUGCAGAGCCCGAGAGCGAGUCGCGACGGAGCUCCCCCCCUCUCACCGUUGCUACCUCCAGUGCAGGCCAGCCAGAUCCAGAGGGGCUUCGGCGGGCUCACCGGCACAGAUGCCCGCGUGGCGGAGAGCAUGCGCUGUCAUUUGAAUUUUGAUCCUAACUCUGCCCCUGGGGUGGCAAGGGUUUAUGACUCCGUGCAGAGUAGUGGUCCCAUGGUUGUGACAAGCCUUACGGAGGAGCUGAAAAAGCUGGCGAAGCAGGGCUGGUACUGGGGGCCAAUCACACGCUGGGAGGCGGAAGGGAAGCUGGCCAACGUGCCAGACGGCUCUUUCCUGGUUCGGGAUAGUUCUGAUGACCGCUACCUUUUAAGCUUGAGCUUCCGCUCCCACGGCAAAACGCUUCACACGAGAAUUGAGCACUCAAACGGUAGAUUUAGCUUUUACGAACAGCCGGAUGUGGAAGGGCAUACGUCCAUAGUUGAUCUAAUCGAGCAUUCAAUCAGGGACUCGGAAAACGGAGCGUUUUGCUACUCAAGGUCUCGGUUGCCUGGAUCUGCAACUUACCCGGUCAGACUGACCAAUCCCGUGUCGCGGUUCAUGCAGGUGCGCUCUCUGCAGUACCUGUGUCGUUUUGUUAUACGUCAGUACACCAGGAUAGACUUGAUUCAGAAACUGCCUUUGCCAAACAAAAUGAAGGAUUACUUACAGGAGAAGCACUACUGAGAGAUUCCGAGAACCCCCGCAUCUUGCACUUUGGGAAUAAGGAAAAGAGAUUGAAAUACAGUUUACAAACUUUCAUUGCUAUCGAAAUCUUUUGCUGCCAUACUAUUUCAGUUUUAUGUGUAAAAAUAAUCAGUUUGUUGAGUUAAGCGUGGGGAAGUGUCAGCAAGGUGUCUUGGGUUUAUUUUGGUUCUUUAUAAAGGGAAGUCUCGAGGUUUUGGAAGUGUGAAUUAUCUUUCAUCAAUGUGCAGAAUAAUCACAAUGUGAAUGAUCAGAUUCUCCUUAACCCCCUCCCCCCAAGUCCUUUGCUGCUAUCCACUGUGAUUUUUAUGCAUUAAAAGCACAUUUCAUGUGUAUUCAACCCUAAGUAAAGUUGAAUGAAACUUACAGAAUGAGUAUUGUUAUGUCUCUUUAAAUGGUCCAUCUUCAAAGAUCGUAUUGAAUAAACAUACCCGUGAGAUAAAACGGAGAAUUUACACAUACACUGAAAAUGAUUUUUGAUCUCCUACUUUAGAAGGAUUUAUUUAGAAUUAUGAUUUGACAUCUUGGGUAUUAGAAUGUAGAUCUGCAACAUCCCUUUUACAACACUUACUCUCAGUUGUUUUUGAGGCUGUGCUGUUUUUUGGUUGUGAAAAGUGGACUUUUUCUGUUGCCUUCAUGUUCAUCUUGUGGUUUGUCUAUUUUAAUAAAUGGCCUUACAUUAAAAAGUCAUACAAAGUGCAUACCACCGCCGUAGGACGUGCUGCUCUUCUGCCGUUAGGCCCUGGUGCUGAUCGGCAUGACGGGAGACCUGUGGGGCUGGGACUCUUACUGAAGAAAUGCUAGAUCGUAGUUUCCUGUGAUGAUCAUUUUGUGUGUGUUAAUUAUACUUUCCUUUGGCAAAGUGUUUGUUUUUUUUUCUGUGAUUUCUUUAGCCUAGCCGGCGUUUUCUUUGGGUGAACUUGAUGUAGAACUGAUUUUCAUAAAAAGAGUGGGUUCUCUUGCAACAUUUAAGUUUAUAUAAAGUUUUAAAUUGAUUUGAAUAGAAAACAUUGUUUUAGAGUUGGGUUUUUAGACUUUUAUGUAGUCACUAUGGAAUGUGCUAGAUUUGACCCUUCUUCCUUCUCUCCACCAAAAACCAAAAAGCCCGAUGACUUCAGUUGGAAAACUGUGGAAACUGUGGCGCGUUGUGUAAGAAGAAUACUGAAGCCGUCUCGGGUAUGUGGAAGCGUGUCGCCUACCACAUACUGCCACUUCAAACUAAUAUUUUUUUUUUUGCCGUUUUAAAUUUAGCUGAGUCUUAAGUGAAUUGGCAGGCAUUGUUAGUGAUUUUAUCUCUGAUUCAGUCGCUUGGGUUGGGGUGGGAGGAGUGUGUUAUCCCCAGUACUUCUGUUAUUUGUGAAAUUCAGUGUUUGUUCGCGCACUGUUUCGUAUUUUGGAAGUACCCCAUCUAGAGAAUGUCCCCGUCUCAGAUGACACGUACACUUUAAGACGUUUCUUCCUUUGUCACUCAAUUUUCCUGUCUCUUAUUUGUCAAUGAAAAACGAGAGUAACGGUCUUAGGUCAACUUUUAUGGUUUUGUCAUUCGGUAUCCCUGGUUUUUUUUUUUCCUCCUCUCUUUUUUAGGGUCAGAACUGAGAAAUCCCAAGGAAAGGCACAAUGAUACGGUGUUGUGGUGUUUUGAUCUAGAGGGAAAAGGUACUAACUUUUGGUGGAAUGUUGAUCGUACCUUGUCACGGAGACUUCUCUUUCAUUUUCUGAUGUUUUCACCGGACAAGACGGAGUAUACUGUAAUAAUAUCAUUUAAGUGUUCACUAUAAGCUAUUUGGCUUAAGAACUAUUACAGAGUUGUAAACUUAUCAAAUUAAUGCAAGACAUUUAAACUAUUUUUUUGCAAAACUAUUUAUUUUUAAACAAUUUAAAAUAUAUCUAGGGUGAGUUGAAAGUCCCUGUGCGUCUAUAUUAGAUGGCAGGCGUUGUCGCAGAGUCCCUGUGUGUCAGUGAUCGGUGUUAAGAUGGCUUCUCCGUGUCUCCAGAGGCAUUUGCGUGUAUCUUUGUGAGACCAUGGUGCACAGAGGUCUUUGGACUGCCCUGAACCCCGUCUUCUCCUGUGGGCCUAGCCUGGUCCCCACGUGGUCCUCAUGACUCCGUGUGCUCAAGAUUUCGCUGUUCCGUUUCAAGCUGAUUUCGAUCGUCAUCUGGUCGUCUUUAAAAUCGUAUUUUGUGUUUUAUGGAGGGCAAGUCUAGAUGCCGUUCUGAAUCAGAAGGCCAGUUUCCUUAAUGUGUGUUUUGUAUAUUCAUUGCAUAAAAUACUUUAAAAUGCCCUAUUCCAAGCCAGUUUGAAAUUGCUAGGGUCUGACAGUGUAUUGAGAAAAAUAAAAUAUUUGCCCAGAAGUUAUUUACAAACGAAGGAGUAUUACAGUAUUUUCUGCUUUUGUGUAGAGAGAGCCAUUCGGCAUAGGCAGCACAGGAUAAUGUGAAAGAUCGGCUUAAUAGGAAACUAAAAUAGUCUGCUUAGAAAUGGAAAGGGCGGAAGAGAGAUCUCCAUCCCGUAGCUCGGCCUAGUUGCCAUUUGUGUACAUUUCUGGAUUAUCCUGAGUGGCGGUUUAGAUGGACGUGGACACAAUCUGUAAGUGAUUCUUAAAGACAGGAGCUCAAGGCAAGAAGAGAAAACAGGAAAGCUGUCUCCUUUGCCACAGUCAGUGAAUCAGACUUGUUUUCUUGAAGAUUUCACCACAAAAUACAGUGGAGGCCGGAAGCUAAUUCUAGGCUUCCUAGGACACUUUUAUGCAUUUUUACAAAUAAUAAGAAAGCAUAGAAAGUACUUGAAAAAUAUCUCAACUCUUUCUAAGGAAAACUGUUCUUUUUCUACUUGGUGCAAUAAUCUGAAAAUCUAGAAGGUCAAAAGUAUAUCACAGGAAAUGAUCAUAGAACUAAAAAUAGUUUUUAAGGAAACUAGUCACAAGGGGAACCCUCUUGCCGUUGAAGAAAAUCGUGUUCCAGAAGACAGAGCGUCGGCGUACAGGACAUAAAGUCUACGUCAUAAUUUUUGAGCCAGUAUUAUUGAAACAGGAUAAAAAUCACUAAAAUCUUAAACAGGUUCUAUGCAGUGUCCCUGCUAGUGCUCCAAGUCUAAAUAUCUUCAUGCUUUCAGAAAUGCCAAUUUUAGUCGUGGACAUUUCACAUUAUAUAUGAGAGUCCACAUGAGUGAUUCAAAAUAGUACAUAUUAAAUCUUAACGACCGUUCAUUAAAUGUGAAGUCUUAAUUUGAAAAUGAAAAUCACACUACCAGCAAUAGACAGUUUUGUUGAAAACUCUAAAUUCCCAGUUACAUAAAUAACGUUAAAAUUCCAAAAUAAAAGAUUGGUACGCUAGUAAUCACAAAUUUGAUUUCUUUUAAUACUUCUUAAAAUCCUAUCAAGGGUUUUUUAAAUAAACACUCUUUUUUACUGAUAAGUCAUAACAUGGUGAAUGUGUGCUUGCUGUUUCUGAAGAGCGAUCCAAACUCUACAUCCAGAGAUGAUGAGAAAUUCUUAUAGAAUUUUGUAAUAAGUAUACAUCUUGGGUUAAAGACAUUUUAUAGUUGUUGGGAGCGCCAUGAAAUUAAUACUUGCAAUCCAGAUUGCUGUAGUUUACACUUUUUCUGUAUGUUUCAAAUCAGGUGUGUACCAUUUGUACUGAGAACACCACAGAAUGAAUUAUCCAAAGUCCAUUGAUUUUAAUAUGUGUUUUGGUUUGUAAACAAAUUAUAGUAAUUUCUUGCACAUUUUUGGAAAUUAAUUGUAUAAGAAUUUAUGUAUCUGCUUCUAGAUACAGUGUGUAAAUAAAAAUUUCGUUCACAAGA